AUGUAUCCAUUAUCGGAAUAUAUUGGUGAUGUUCCAUAUAAAUUACGAAGAAUUUCCGAUACAAAAUCAGCAUCAUUGGAAAAAAAAAAUUUCAAUAUACGAACAAUUAAUGUAAAAGAUAAAAAUCAAAAUUACAAUCAAAAUAUCAGUGGAAUAAAAUCUGAUAUUUAUCUAGCGCUUAUGCCACUUUAUUAUGUGGCAAAGAUAUGUGGCCUUUAUCCAGUUGAGAUAAAAUCACGUGGGGGUGGAAUUUAUACGUCAAAAUUAUACAAACCUGCUGUUAUUUAUGGUGUAUCAUUAGCGGCAGCUUUUAUAGCAUCUCAAGCAUGGGGACUAUGGCGAGAUUUGAGAAAUGGUUGGAAAAAUAGUACAAGACUAUCGUCACAAACUGCAUUAACUGUAACAUGUACCGAUGUAACGGCAAUCGUUACUGUUAUGAUUACUGCAAUUUCAAAUGCACCCUUUCGAUGGAAUUAUUUGCAAAAAGCAAUAAAAAUAUUGGCAGAGAUUGAUGAAAAAAUUGGAAAUUUAGAAAUGAAAAGACUUCAACGUAUUACAAUAAUGUUAAUAUUUUGUCCAUUAAUUUAUUUAAUAGUUAUUUCCGUUUUGGAUUUUAAAGCAUGGAAAUUGUCUGAUAGCAGAAAACCCCAGUUACUACCGGAUAAAGGACAAAUAAAUUAUUUACCACUUUAUUUUAUGUACAUUAUAAUAACAGUGUUUGAAGCUCAAUACGCCUUAAUUACAUUCAAUGUGGGCGAACGAUUUUCACGACUUAAUCGAUUUAGUAGAAAAAUAUUAAAAUGUAACAAAAUUCUUGAAGUAGCUACAGAAUUUAAGCAGCAAGAGCAUCUUAUAACAAUUCCUACAAUUUCGUCUGAUUUAAGUCGUACCAAAAAAAUAAAAACACACGAGGGAAUUGCUGCAGGAAAUCAUGCAUUAAUUGAUUCAAUAUCGACACUAACGACAUUACAUGGAAAUCUUUGUGAUUCAACAUCAUUGAUUAAUAUUGCAUUUGGAAUUCCAUUGCUUACCUGCGUUUUGGGUUGUAUGCUGCAUUUAAUUAAUACCUGCUAUUUUUUGUAUACUGAAAUAAAAGAGGAGGAUUACAGUGGAUAUUUCCUUAUAACACAACCGUUAUGGGUCAUUUUUCACAUUGUGAUGCUAUUUCUUCUUGUUCAACCUUGUUACAUGGCAAUAGUGAAGUCCAGAGAAACAACAUUGCUAGUCAGUCAAUUAUUGACACUAAAAUGGGAUCCAGACGUGCAAAAACAAUUGGAAAUAUUUUCCCUUCAAUUGCUUCAUCGUCCAUUAAAUUUCUCAGCGUGUGGAUUAUUUUCAAUAGAUCGUGGUUUAGUCACAUCGAUUGCAGGUGCUGUGGCAACUUAUCUCGUGAUACUUGUACAAUUUCAAAAUGAAAACGAUUGUUCUCAAGGGACAAAGGAUUUAAAAAAUGCGACGGAUAUUAUUUUUAAAAAUUUAUCAUUAGCUAAAAUUCCAAAAACAUAAUUACUUUGUUUAAAAAAAAAAAUCUUUGUUUUUUUUUUUUUUUUGAAAGAAAUGUUUCGAUUUUUUUUUUUUUUUUUUUUUUUUUUUUUUUUGAUAAAAUUUCUGUAUUAUGACAGUGUUUCACUUAUUGUGUACAGAGAAUAUUACUUGGUAAUUACAGUUGUAAUAGUAUGUAUAAUAUUUCAAUAAUAAUAUAAUAAUAAUAAUAAUAUAUAGUUAUAUAUAUAAUAAUAUAUCUAUAUAACUCAUUUUGAAAAAAAGAUAAUAAUAUUCAUCAUGCAUAGCUUCUAUCAAACUCUUGGCCGAGACUAAGCGCGUUAAAAGUUUCAUGUAUAAUCAGGUUUAUUCCUGUUUUAUUUUUUUUAUUUUUCAUUUUUUUUUUUUUUAUAAUCAAAAAAAAAAAAAAUUCUAAAGCCAAAAAAAUAAAAACAAGCGAUUGGAUUAGACGUAUAUAAUAUCGUCACCACCAACUAGAUUUUAUAAAAAAUUGCUGGUAAUCUAAAAAAUAUAAGUGGAUUUUUUUUUCUCUAUAUUUAUAUAUGUAUCCGAUGACAAAAAACAUUUUUCGGACUCAUUCUCACUUUUUUUCAGUCAUUCCGACAAUAUUUUUUUUUUUUUAAAUUCUUUCACUCCUUUAACUUUUUUCUCUCACUCAUCAUUUCCAUAAUUUUUUUUUUUUUUUAUAACAUAACCAGUUGAUUUUACAUUUGUUCCUUUACUUUUUAUGGCGACAUUUUUUUUCAGCAACAAAUUAGCAGUCUCUACCAUUUUUUUUUUUUUUUUAAAUUCAAACACAAUUAAUUAUUAUUUUCGAUAAUAUUAUUAUCAUCAUUAUCAUCAUCAGUAUCAUACAAAUAAUUCUAAUAUUCGCAUUCCUCCAACAAUUGAAAAUGAGCUGUCUUGAAGAAAAUAGACAAGGCACUUGAACCGAAUAAGUUUUCUUUUUCUUUUUCUCAUCAUCAUUUUUCAAUCUUAUCUAGUUGGCCUCGGAAAAUUUUUAUAUAAAUAAAGUGAUGUUGGUGGUAGGUGAAGGGGAGUUUUUUUUUAAUUUUUAAACGAGAAAAAAAAUUGCUUAAAAUUAUAUUAUUUCGCAAAAAGGAGAGUUUAUUUUCUCUAAAUAUUCUCAAACUUAAAAAAAAAUUUUACCAAAAAAAACACAAAAUCAUUUUUUUUUUUCGAGAAACAUUUUUGUAACUCAAUUUUAUUCACAAUAGUAAAAAGAAAAAAAAUUUCAAAACAAAAUUUACAAUUUUUUUUUAAUUUUUUAAAAAGUGUCCAAGAAACAAUUGUAAAAUUUUAUAAUAAAAGGACAAACAAAAAAAAUCCGAAAAACACGACUUUGAAAGUCAAUUGAUUGUUUUUUUUUUUU